UUUGGGAAAGACGUUUUGCACAGCCUGUUGGCGUACCCCGUUACCAACUGACAGAGGAAGGAUAAGCUGAUCUCGUCCGGACGCUUGGCGCGCGGCCACGCUCGAUGGUUCUUGAAUCUUGGCUCUGAGGUGAUCCGUUAACCGAUGGAUUUGGUCGUCGGAGGCGUCGUUCAUGGGCGCCUCCCCGUCCGGCCAUCAAGGUUUCCUCCUCCGCUCGGCUCGUUGCCGUCCACUACAGUGGCGGUGAGGGCUGCCUUUUCUGGAUGUCCAUGCCCGCCAAUCGUUCGUCGGAAUGUCCCAGCGGUGGUGCCGUUUGCCAACAAGAAGAGGAAAGGGUAUGGCGACGAUCCGCCAGAUGAGGAGGUGGGAGAUGAUUUCACUGACGAGUUGGAGGAGAACGAGGAGGUGGAAGAUGGGGAUGACUUCGACGCCGACGAAGAAGAAGAAGGCGAUAUAAUGGACGAUGAUGAAGAGUUUGAAGACGACUAUAACUUUGAAGAUGAUUUUGAGAGUGAUGAUGAACAGGAUCUUUAUGCUGGAGAUGGAGGUGCUGGUGGCGGAAUAUCCCUUGCUGGCACAUGGUGGGACAAGGAAGCAUUAGCUUUGGCAGAACAGGUCUCAGCAUCAUUCGAUGAUGACUUGAAAAUCUAUGCUUUCAAGACAGCUGCAAAUUUGACCAUUAGAGUACGCAUUGAGAAGAUGUCCACCAGGUACGGUUCUCCAACUAUAGAUGACAUUGAAGCUUACACAAUUGCAUACCGUGCAAAGUUGGACGAUGCAGAGUCAACAGGAAAGAUACCAAAGAACAUAUCGUUGGAGGUGUCAUCCCCUGGCGUGGAGAGAGUUAUCCGUAUCCCUGAAGAGCUUGAGCGCUUCAAAGAACGGGCAAUGUAUGUCAGAUACACUACAACAAGCGAUGAGGCAGCUACGCCUCAGGAAGGCGAUGGCGUGCUGAGGCUAAUCUCCUAUGACAUGGACCUGCGAGAGUGCAUCUGGGGCAUAGCUGACGUGAAGAUAAACCGGCAGCAGUCUGGCAAGGGCAGGCCCCUGAGCAAGAAGCAGAGGGAAUGGAGGCUGCAGACACCGUUUGAGUCGCUGAAGUUGGUCAGGCUGUACUCUGAAUGUUGAGAUGCCAGGUUUUUUGAGUAAAUUUUGAGUUUCCUUUUGUUGCACUCCAUUCAGAAGUUUAUCCAUUUUUCUGAACUCCGGUAGGUCGCUGGAUGCGCAGUUUAUACUAGUUAGAAUGUUGUUGUGCUAUCUCUGUCACAAUCAAUGAUAAUUUUUUUUCUACUGCUAACAGAUAACAAGUUAAGAACAGAGGUUUAGCCCACAAAACAGUGUUGUUUGCCUCACCCUUUACAAUCUACAGGCAGUUGAUUUA